AUGACUACUGAUCCAAGGGCUGCUAAGAGCUAUGAUGCUAUGAAUGACUCAAGGGCUAUUAAGGCCUAUGAUGCCAUGAAGAACUUGGGAAUCUCUAAGGAAGAGGUGAAACCUGUGCUGAGAAAUUUGCUUAAAGUGUACGAUAAAAACUGGGAGCUUAUUGAAGAUGACAACUAUAGGACCCUUAUAGAUGCGUACUUUGAGCCAAUGGAAGAAAAGCCAGAAGAACACAAGAGAAAAGCUCCUGUAGAAGAUAAUGACAAACCUCCCAAGACUCAACAGAAAUGUAUAAAACCAUUUCAAACUUCAUCGUCACACAAACUUCUAUCACAGAGAAGAUUGAGUGACGAUGAAAGGAUGUCAAGCUUACCUUCCAUGGCUGCUAGAGGUAAAAAAAGUUACUCUGCGGCAGCUUCAUCUGCAGGGCUAUAUUCAAAGGAACCUAGCCAUCAAAGGAAAAAUAUGUCAAGUGAUCACCAUCAGAAGAAGAUUACAACACACAAUGGCUCACUUGGCGCUUCAAAUGGAAAUCUUUCUAUCAAAUCCCUAUCAAAGGGGUCAAGGCAAGCUCUUGCUGAAGAUAAAAAGAAGUCAGUUAGAUAUGUCGAUGACAUAACAAAAGGUUCUGAAAAUGUCAAAGUAUCAUUAUUAGAUGAAACUGAAAGUGAGGAUUUUCCGAAGUUUAACUACAUUCCGGGUAAUGUGAUUUAUCAGUGUGCUAAUGUCAACAUUUCACUGGCUCGGAUUGCGGAUGAGGGUUGCUGUGCUGAUUGUUCAGGCGACUGUCUUUCCUUAUCAUUUCCUUGUGCUUGCUCUCAAGAAACUGGUGGAGAGUUUGCUUACUCUUCAAACGGUUUAUUAAAAGAAAAAUUUCUCACAGAUUGCAUAAAUGAACCCCAAGCUCAUCAUUAUGUGUAUUGUAAAGAAUGCCCAAUUGAGAGGUCUAAGAACGAGAGCAAACCUGAACCAUGCAGGGGACAUCUGGUUAGGAAGUUUAUAAAGGAGUGCUGGAGGAAAUGUGGAUGUGACAUGCAGUGUGGAAAUCGGGUAGUACAACGAGGUUUAAGCCGGAAAUUGCAGGUUUUCUUGACUGAUCAGGGAAAGGGCUGGGGCGUUAGAAGCUUAGAAGAUUUACCCAUGGGAAGCUUUGUAUGUGAAUAUGCCGGAGAAAUUUUAACCAACACAGAGUUAUAUGAUAGGAUUGUCCUGAGUACCAGCAAUGACAGACAUACAUAUCCUGUAACGCUUGAUGCGGAUUGGGGCUCAGAAGUGGGUCUAAAGGAUGAGGAGGCAUUAUGCUUGGAUGCAACACAUAAUGGGAAUGUUGCAAGAUUCAUCAAUCACAGAUGUAAUGAUGCAAAUCUGAUAGAUAUUCCAGUUGAAGUAGAGACACCUGAUCGCCACUAUUAUCAUCUAGCCCUCUUUACAAAAAGAAAUGUGAGUGCAUACGAGGAGUUGACAUGGGAUUAUGGAAUUGACUUUGAUGAUCAUACCCAUCCUAUUAAAGCAUUUAAAUGCUGUUGUGGAAGCGCUCACUGCCGAGAUAAGAAACAAAAAGGAACUAAAUCAGCAAAGACUAAAAAACUCAAGCAUACGAAUGCACACUGA